AUGGAGAGUAUCCUGUUCCUCCGCGUGGUCAAGACCAUCGUUGGGCUGCUUGGUAUCUUUGGUAACAGUCUCGUCUGCGUCGUCAUCUACAAGGUUCCCUUCAUGCACAGCCUGACCAACGCCCUGAUCUUCAACCAAGCUGCCGUGGAUCUCUUCGGCUCUGUCGUGCUGCUCCUCGCCAGCAACAUCCCCGUACCGGACCCUCUGCCCAACACUCCGGCCGGUUGGAUUCUCUGCCGGAUUUGGAUCGGGAACCUGUUUCUUUGGGGAGCGUUCAGUGCCUCCACCCUCAACCUGCUCUCAGUGACCAUGGAGCGGUUCUUCGCCAUCGUGUUCCCGUUCAGGCACACCCGUUUUUUCACCCGUCGUCUGGUCAUCAUUUUGACCGUUGGUUCCUGGGUUGUCGGGAUCGCAGAGCAAGGAGUCUACAUCGCCGUCGUGCAGGACUUCGUCGACGGAAGAUGCUUCUUCGAAUCCUCCUCCAGAACCCGUCCGAUCGGCACCGUGUUCAUUAUCUUGCAGUUCUUCGUUCCCGUGUUCCUGAUGUUUCUUGCUUACAUCGCCAUUAUUUACGUACUGGUGAGAAGUGCCAAACGCGUCGGAGUGCAACCACAUGUCGCAACCGCAUCAGGAACCGAGGCAGAGACGGGACCGGUACCUCAUCGCGUCGAGAGCCAAGGAGGAUCCCUUUUGCGCGCCGGCAGGAACACCUUCAAGACUCUCUUAAUCGUCACCAUCUCGUAUUUUAUUUGCUGGGCGCCAAACUCCAUCAUAUUCUUUCUCUUCAAUCUUGGCUGGCCUCUCGACUUCACGAGCGUGUCGUACAUCAUAUCUGUCAGCCUGGUCGCAGUCAACUCCUGCAUCAACCCCGUCAUAUACGGGAUAAAGUACAAGAGGUUUAGGCAAGGACUGCGAAAACUGUUCGGUCUGGGUGUCAAUGUUGACCUCACCUCCAUAAUUGUGUGA